GCAAAAGAACUGUGAAGAGAUAGAGAUUCUACUCAAGAUAUUUCCGGACCAGGUAACGGUGGACGAGUGUAUGACAGCACUGGAGGGCACCCAGUGGGACGUCAGCAAGGCUACCAAGUACCUCCAGCUGAAGAAACUGCUGUCUCUAGGCAUGGCCGAUGUUCACAGAUGCAAGGAGGCGUUGUCUGCCACCGGCUGGGACCUACAGUCAGCGGCUGAAGCUCUCUUAGAAUCAACCAGAACCUCAGGCGCAUCCUCCUCGUCAUCCUCAUCUUCAUCUAGAGGAUCCCCAGCCAAAUCUGGGAUGUUGACCUCCCACCACCGCCCGACCAGUCCUGAAGUGUUGGAUGUCUAG